GACGGAGCGGCGGCCUAGGGUUUGCGCCGCGCCGCCGCCGGCUCCCUGCGGCCGCCGUGCCCUCCCCGCCGACCAGUCCUCCGCGACGCCGGCUGCCUCUCUACUCCCGCCGAAGAUACCCGCACCUCCCGAGGAGGCCAGGACUCGUGCCGCUGGCCCCAUCCGCCGCCCCCCACCCUCAAAGUUGGUAUUCUUCUGAACCAGAAAUCCUUGGAGCCUCUUGUUUGGAUCAUUAUUCAUCAUCAUCGCAGAACAACAGAGGAAGCAUGACAGAGGGUGGUAUUGUGGUGGCCAUUUGCCAACACGGCGGGGAGUUCACUUCUGGCCCCAACGGGAAUUUGGUCUACAAAGGGGGAGAAGCUCACGCCGUUGACGUCUCUCGGGAGAUGCCACUGGACAGCUUCAAGGACGAGGUGUCCAAGGUGUUCCAUGUCGAUGUCACCGAUAUGUCGUUCAAAUACUUUCUGCCGAACAAUAACAGAACGCUCAUCACAAUCUCAUGUGAUCGGGAUUUGCAACGGAUGGUUGAUUUUACUGCUAGUGCUGCACAAGUAGACGUUUUUGUCAUUAGUACAGGGGAGAACAGGAGUGUCGUAACGUACACUGGACCUUCCACUGUUAAAGCUGGAUCUAACGCACAGGGUGACAAAAGGAAAAGGCUACCUUCCAAAAACAAGGCAUCCAAAAGUAACAAGAAGACCCCAAAUGCUACUGGUGCUGCAGUUCAAGCUAAUACUCAUGAUGUCAAUCAACCAAGACCGGCGGCGACUAUAAAUGAUUACAAUGAGGAUUUUCAACUAGAAUUUGGGCAUGAUGUUGCCUUUGUCACCACAACCGAAGCUGUUUCCUCUGCCCCAGAUGUUAUGAGUCAGGAGAAGCUUGCUCUCGUUGAUACCACACAAAGGGAACUAAUUGGGCCUUUUGAUGAUUCAAUCAAUGCAUAUGAUGGUUCCGAGAUCAUAAUAGAUCCUCCGCAGGAACUUACCAAUAACCCCACUAUGUUCUGGGAUGACAUUAUUAAAGGUGUUGGUCAAGAAUUUGAUAAUGUGAAGGAUUUCCGAGCUCAGUUGUGCAAAUAUUCCAUCAGUAAAGGAUUUGCGUACCGAUUCAUAAAAAAUGAAACCACCAGAGUCACUGUGAAGUGUGUUGGGGAUGGCUGCACCUGGCGAUUGCAUGCAUCCGAGUCAUCUCGUAGCAAGAAGUUUGUUAUCAAGAAAAUGACUGAUGUGCACACAUGUGGAGGAGAAGGUGGAGAGGGUCAGCGGCGAGCAACAAGGCAGUGGCUGACUACCAUCAUUAAGGAGAAACUGCGUGUGAACUCAUUACUCAAGCCGAAGGACCUUGUCAAGGAAAUAUAUGAAGAAUACGGAGUUCUGCUGACCUAUUCACAGGUUUGGCGAGGUAGAGAAGUGGCGCAGAAGGAGAUGUUUCAUGUUAUGAGGGAGACAUUUGGCCAUUUGCCCUGGUACCGGGAAAGACUUUUUCAGACUAACCCAGGGAGCUCACUUGAAUUAUCUCAGACAGUGGAUACACGCCGUGUUUUUAUCGCAUUCCAUGCUUCUUUGCACGGUUUUGUAAGUGGGUGCAGGCCCCUCCUUUUUCUUGACAAGGUUCCGCUCAAAGCGACAAAUGAGUACAAGUUGCUGGUUGCAGCUGCAGUUGAUGCAGAUGAUGGUAUCUUUCCAGUGGCAUUUAAUGUGGUUGAAGAUGAAAGUUAUGACAGCUGGGUUUGGUUCUUGAUGCAGCUGAGGAUUGCUCUCCAAUAUCACAACUACCCGUUGGAUGCUAUGACAUUCUUGUCCAAUGGACGAAAGGGACUGGAUGCUGCUGUCCCACAUGUGUUUGAAGAUAGCCACCACGCCUUCUGUUUACAUUAUAUCAUGGAGGAAUUCAGAGGAGAACUGAGGAAGGGACCAUGGUCGCAACAGAUAAGAGAUGCGAUGGUCGAGGAUUUUACUCGUGCGGCCGAAGCAUGUAGCGUUGAUGAGUUUAAUGCAUCAAUUCAGAGCAUAAGGAAUAUAUCCACUGAAGCUGCCGACUGGAUCAUUGCGAGUAAGCCAGAGCAUUGGUCAGAUGCCGUCUUCGGAGGCUGUCGGUAUGACCAUUUCUCAUCGGACAUUGUGGAUGCAUUUAAUAACUGGAUACCAACAAAGAAGGAGGGGUCGAUGGUGCUGAUGAUAGACUCUCUGAGAAUAAAAAUAGCGGAGGUAAUGGAAGCAAGGCGUGAAGCCUGCAAGUCAUGGGAAGGGCCUUUAACGCCUUCCAUGGAUUUCAAAGCGCAGGGUGAGAUGUCGAAGGCUAGUAAGCUGACCGUGCUGUGCUCUUCCGAGACUGUGUUUGAAGUGCGGGGCAGUGGUAUUUUUGUUGUUAAUCUUCGAAAUUGGGAAUGCACAUGUCGGAGGUGGCAACUUUCCGGUCUCCCUUGUAUGCAUGCUGUUGCUGUGUUCAACAGGAUUGGACGAUCUUUCUACGACUACUGUUCCAAGUUUUUAAAAAUAGAGAGCUACCAUAUGACAUACUCAGGAACAAUCCUCCCAAUUCCUGACAUGGAUACCUUCGAUUUUAGUGCUGGGGCAAUGAUCCCACCUCCCAAGCCUCGUACAUCAGAUAAACCGAGAAGAAAGAGGUUUAAUCCGAACAAGGUAACCACUCUUAUACGGCUAUGUAGCAGGUGCAAGCAGGCAGGCCACAACAAGGCAACAUGUGAAGCUGCUCUGUAGACAAAGCAAAUUCUUCAUCUACAGUAUGUAUAGCAGGCUCACCUAGAGGUCUAAUGUGGUGAAAGAGAGUUUAUGGUGGUGGCUGCUGUGUGUAGAUGGAAGGACGGCGAUAAUGAUACAUCAGUUGACAUCACUUGUUUAUAUGAAGGGUGGAACUUGAGGUUCUGUAGGGAUUGACUAGAGGUGGAGAUAAGGUGCUAGCUUCUGGACAGUGUCAGCUGAAAACAGAGUAGCCGAUGGUUAGCUGUUUAGUCAUAGCUGUAGGUAUUUUAUCCUAGUGUCAUGGUAUAUUCUCAGAUUGUUCUUUAGGUCAUAGUUAUUCUAGUCAGAUGUCUCUCUGUGUCAUAUUGAUCUACUGGAGAGUGUUCCAACUCCAGACACUGGUAUGCUCUUCUCUCACCCUUGCGAUUUCUGUGUUAAUAUUUAUUGUGAAGCAAAAACUGUGAUAGGUUAUUACCAGUUUUGCAAUCUGCAAAAACGUUACCUGUCGUGUGAGGUCUCCUCUGGCUAAGCGACUGCUGUUACUUGUUGCAUACGAAUAAAUAGAUUUUAGCUGUCUAUUGAGGUCAAA